AUGAACGAAUAUGAGUUGGAAGAUAUUGUCAUAAAAAAGUCCGAAGAACAAGUUUGCCUCCAAAAGAAUUUAAGAAUUGUUUGUUGGUUGAAAUUGGCUUCCCUUCUUAUCCCUCAGUUUGAAGAAGCUUUUAAAGUACAUAGAGGUGUCCUUAUUUGUGUUCACUUUGUUGUUGUUACUAGUGGUGAUGGUGGUGCUCCACCUGUGAUAGUUUUCUCUUCAGCUUGUGCAGGGUUGGCAGGUGGUGCUGUUCCAGCAGUCGCUCAACUUGCAUCAUCAUCUUAUCAUGCAGUGGUCUCAUCUUCAUCAUUGCCACCUCCAUCCUCUCGGGAUGACAAG